CGAAAACAAUUCGAUGUGUUGCAAGACCGUCACAGCGGCGCAUGGUACCUCUUCUUAGCAUCCUCGACGUCCUUCAUUCUCUUUAUGAAUCUAAUCAUGAGCCUGUUUGUCGCUUAUAUUUGCUUCUCUUUAGUACUGAUGAAUAAGAAUGACAGCGUAGACAGCAGCAAAAUAGGUCUCGCCAUAUGGCAAUCUUUCUAUCUGACUAGUUUCUUAUCACACGGCAUAAAAGUGUUUAUUGAAACGAUGUCGCUGAUGACCUCUGUAGAAAGGAUUCUUGAGUAUUCAAGUCUUCCCCAAGAGGAAUCCAUUACCUCGGAGAAUCCGCCACCGUCUACAUGGCCGUCCCAAGGACAAUUAAUCUUGAAGAAUGUUAAUAUGAAAUAUUAUAGGGAAGGUCCACUAGUUUUGAAGAAUCUGAACAUUUCCAUCGAGCCUGGCUGGAAAGUUGGAGUGGUGGGACGAACUGGCGCCGGAAAAUCCUCCUUGAUUUCGGCACUCUUCCGUUUGUUCGACGAAGGUCUAGAGGGCGAGAUCAGGCUCGACGGUCGGGACACAAACACUGUAGGCUUCAACAAGCUGCGCUCCAAGAUCUCCAUUAUACCGCAAGAAUCGGUGCUCUUCUCCGAGAGUCUGCGUUAUAAUCUAGAUCCGUUCAAUCAGUACGAUGACAUGAAAUUGUGGGAGGUGCUGCGGCUGGGCGAGCUGAACGAUGUUCCCACUGAUACCUUAAUUCAGAAUACAAUAAAAAAGAACUUUAAAGAAUGCACCGUCAUCACGGUAGCACAUCGUCUGAAUACUAUUAUAGACAGCGAUCAAGUCAUCGUAAUGGAGAACGGGUCUAUUGUUGAAUUUGGUUGCCCGUACGAGUUACUAUAUGACAAACCGAACGGUUAUUUUUCACAAAUGGUGGAGAAAACAGGCAAUCAAAUGGCACAAAGUCUUUUGCAACAGGCGAAGAAGGCUUGCGAGAGCAAUAAUCAUCAUCAUGAAUUCAAUUUGUCGGCGCAAAAUAUUGAGAGAAACACCAUUAUCACAGAACAGUCUGCUUUAUAGAUUCUUCUACUAUAGAAGUCUUGUAUGAAGGAAAAAUAUAUUUAAUAUGUUAUAUUUAUAUAUGAUAAUGAUUUAAGAAAUUAAAGUAACUCUUACAAAGAGAUGUUUUUAGCCUUUUUACACACUAUAACGAAUGAAACUUAAGUGUACACGAAAAAAAUUAUCUUAGACUUACAAACUUUUUCAGGUCUAUUCUUAGAAUGAUUUCGCCAGACAUGAACUGAUUUUAUCUAGUAGUAAGCAUAAAAAUUGUUAUGUAUACAUAUAAAUGGAUUUAAUGCAAAUAUAGAGCGUCAUAUAUGUAAAUUUAUCAAUGAAACAUUCGAUAUAUAUUCUAUAAAAUUUAAUACAUUUAUAGAUAAAAUAUUUUACUAGUCAUGAUAUUUAUAGUAUGCCUCAGUAUUAAUCAUUCGAAGUGUUUUCGGUCAAACCGCAAAUACUUUAAUUGGUAAUUAAUUACACUUUUUAAUAACAAAAAUCUUUUUUUGAACACCAUAACGAGACUUUCCCAUUUUGGACGCUGAAUCCGAAUCCGAUUGUAGAAUUGCUCUAGCAGAUCACAAUUUUGAGAAACUUUCAGGUAAAGUUGCAAAAAAGCUAUCUUUAUUUUGUCAUGUUAUAACGUCGAAAUGCGACUUGCUAGAGAAAUGUUCUUGGAAUAAAAAUUAAGUAUGUUGUUUGUGUAGGACUUUUAACUCUUAAAAGAAUUUUUGUGUCCGUUAUAGUUAACAAGAUAUUUAUUGUUAAACAUGGUUUAUUUCAGAGAAGUUGAGAAUUAAA